GGCACCCCCUGUACGCUACGCCUACGCGCGGCCGACUAUGUGCACGCCAGCGGCGGGUGGCCGCGGGCGCGUGCGCUUGAACGUCGGCGGACGGGUGUUCCAGACCACGGCCGCCACGCUCGCCGCCGCGGGGCGGGACACCAUGCUCGGCGCCAUGCUGGACGCCUCCUGGAACGCCGCGGCCGCGGGCGACGAGGCCGACUACUUCAUCGACCGCGACCCGGCCUGCUUCGCGGUGCUGCUCGACCUGCUCCGCACGGGCGGCCUCCACGUGCCGCCCCACAUCCCCGACGCCGUGCUCUGCCGCGAGGCGCUCUAUUACGGCCUCCUCGACCGCGUCCGCGCCGCGCGCUGGGACGACUUCGACGGCGACCGCCUCCGCCUGGCCGCGUCCGUGCCGGGCCGGGCCGUGGGGGACGGCACGGCCGUCCGCGCGGCGCCCGACGGAGGCUGCUGCGUCGCGCACGGCGGCGCCGUGCGCGUCUACAACUGGAUGCUCGAGGAGCGUCGGCCGGUCUACCUCGACCACGCGCCGGUCAACGACGCGGCCUACCUCGACGCCUCCACGCUCCUCGUCGCCGCGCGCGAGCGCCCCGGCAGGCGGGACAGCGGCGUGGCCGCUUUCUCGGUGCUCACCGGCGAGAUGCGCCACCGCUUCCGCGUCGCGCACGAUCGUCAGGUCAGGUCCUUCACCCCCGGCGCACUGGCCUUCGACCAGGAGUGCAGCAUCUUUGCGAGCUGCAAGGGCCGGCUCAAAGAGUAUGGCAUUGGUGUAUGGGACGGCACCACCGGCGAGCAGACGGGUUUCUUCUACGAGCCGCCCGGCUGCGCCCUCGGGGACGCCGAUAAGCUCCAGUGGCUGGACGGCACCAAAACGCUCAUGGCGGCCACCAUGUUUCCGCGGGCGGAUUCUUCUUUCAUCAGCCUGCUGGAUUUCCGGGACAAGAACGUCGUCUGGUCGUGGUGCGACGUCGGCACGCCGGCGUCGCUCGAGGACAAGCACGCGGUCCACGCCAUCGCAAUGGAGGACGGGAGGUCGAUCUGCGUCAUCAACCAGUACGAUGACCUCGGGUUCCUCGACAUCCGGAGCAGCGCCGGCGGUGUGCGCUGGAGAUCACGGAGCAAGCUGAUGAGCAGGAAGAAGGUGCACGCCGAGGAGACGUGCUAUCCCAAGCUCGCCACGCACGCCGGCCAGCUCUUCGCGUCGACGAACGACGCCAUCUCGGUAUUCACUGGCCCCGACCAUGCACUGACCUCAACGCUGCGCGGGAGCGACGGCGGCGCCAUCUGCGACUUCUCCAUUGGGGGCGACCGUCUUUUCGCCUUGCAUAACGAGGAGAAUGUGUUCGAUGUCUGGGGGACGCCGCCACCGCCGAUCAUCUGACACUUGUGCGAGGAUUAGUCACAACUUUUCUUUUAUCAAGAGAAGAGGGGAACAUGUAGUGAUAGAGGUUUUGACGGAGAAACAUGCUGUAGCAUUCUCAUCAUUUUGACAUGACCAGAGAAGAUUCAACUGUCACUAAGAAUAUAAUUGGUUUGGUGCCAAAAAUUGGCAUGCCAAUGCUUGCGUUGUGCCAAAUAUUGGCUAUAACUUAAUUGGUUACC